AUGGUCAACUCCUGUUGUGGCUCUGUCUGCUCUGAGGAGGGCUGUGGCCAAGGCUGCUGCCAGACCAGCUGCUGCAGGCCCACCUGCUGCCGCCCCAGCUGCUGUGUGUCCAGCUGCUGCAGACCAAGCUGCUGCAGACCCCAGUGCUGCCAGUCUGUGUGCUGCCAGCCCAGCUGCUGCCGCCCCAGCUGCUGCCGCCCCAGCUGCUGCAUCUCCAGCUGCUGCAGACCCCAGUGCUGCCAGUCUGUGUGCUGCCAGCCUACCUGCUGCCGCCCCAGCUGCUGCCGCCCCAGCUGCUGCAUCUCCAGCUGCUGCCAGCCCUCCUGUGGUGGUUCUAGCUGCUGUGGCUCCAGCUGCUGCCGCCCCUGCUGCCAGCCCUGCUGCCGCCCCUGCUGCCGCCCCUGCUGCUGCCAGCCCAGCUGCUGCCAGACCACCUGCUGCAGGACCACCUGCUGCCGCCCCAGCUGCUGUGUGUCCAGCUGCUGCAGACCCAGCUGCUGUCAGUCUCUGUGCUGCCAGCCCACCUGCUGCCGCCCCAGCUGCUGCAUCUCCAGCUGCUGCCGCCCCUGCUGCCAGCCCUGCUGCCAGCCCUCCUGUGGUAGUUCUAGCUGCUGUGGCUUCAGCUGCUGCCGCCCCUGCUGCCGCCCCUGCUGCCGCCCCUGCUGCUGCCUGCGCCCAGUCUGUGGUCAGGUCUGCUGCCACAGCACUUGCUACCGCCCGACCUGUGUGAUCUCCACCUGCCCCCGCCCCAUGUGCUGCGCCACCCCUUGCUGCUAA